AGUGUGUGUUUGGGGUUUGUGUGUCUGAUCCGCUGCGCGCGCCCGCAUUCAUUCACUACACACACAGUUCUCUCCUGAACGCGCACUGCUGUUCAGCUCAUUAAUUAACGCGUUAGUGGGUUUAUUUGUGUUUUCCUCAGUGUUUCUUUCUCUGUUAUAUCUUCAGGACAUUUGGUUUCUCUCUGUUCUGUAGACUGUGUGUUAAUGGUUAUUUAUAUCUGUAACUGAAGCCAUGAGAAUAUUAAAUGACAGAUUCCAUCCGGACAGGAAUGCUGUGCGCGCGGCCGACGCCACAGAUGGUCCGGCGCGCUCCAGAACGCGCACAGCAUUCCAGUCCGGACCGAGUCUGGCUCUGCUGUUUCCCGUGUCACACACACACACACACACACACACACACAUAUACACACUUUAAACCAUCUCUCUGUGUCUCUCUGGCCUCUGAAUCAUCACGUGACCUGCUGAUGGACCCCUGGAUGACCCUCGAUCUGUUUGAUUUGAAAUGACGACAGAAACCGAGAGCCAAUCAGAGCAGCAGGGGGCCAGCGCGGCUCCGCCCCUCCACAGCCAGCUUCCUCCUGCCGCCGCCCACAGCACCCCUGUGAGGAAAGAGCAGGGCAGUGGAGCCGAGGACGACGGCACGUCACACUGGUCCUCCUCCAGUAAACUGACCCGAUCUCCCGUCAAAAUCAGCCGCAAGCCCAGGAACAUGCAGGUGAAGGUGACGCUUCUGGACGGGUGCGACUACACCUGCGUGGUGGAGAAGCGUGAUAAAGGUCAGGUUCUGUUCGACAAAGUCUGCGAGCAUCUCAAUCUUCUGGAGAAAGAUUACUUCGGAAUCACAUUCCGUGAUGUGGAGAAUCAGAAGAACUGGCUGGAUCCUGCCAAAGACAUGAAGAAGCAGAUCAGAGGCGUCGCCUGGAAUUUCUCAUUCAACGUGAAGUUUUAUCCUCCUGAGCCGGCGCUGCUUUCUGAAGACAUCACCAGAUAUUACCUGUGUUUACAGCUGCGGGAUGAUAUCGUCUCGGGUCGUUUGCCGUGUUCGUUCGCCACACACACGGUUCUGGGUUCGUAUAGUGUUCAGUCGGAGCUGGGCGAUUAUGACCCGGACGAGUACAGCUCCGACUACGUCAGCGAGUUUCGUUUCGCUCCUCAUCAGACCAAAGAGAUGGAGGAGAAAAUCAUGGACCUGCACAAGAACUACAAAGGAAUGACGCCAGCCGAAGCUGAGAUGCAUUUUCUGGAGAAUGUAAAGAAACUGUCUAUGUAUGGAGUCGACCUUCAUCAUGCAAAGGAUUCAGAGGGGGUGGAGAUCAUGUUGGGCGUGUGUUCCUCCGGGCUCCUCAUCUACCGCGACAGACUUCGCAUCAAUCGCUUCGCCUGGCCCAAAGUCCUCAAGAUCUCCUACAAACGCAAUAACUUUUACAUCAAGAUCCGUCCAGGCGAGUUUGAGCAGUUUGAAAGCACGAUAGGCUUUAAGCUUCCCAACCACAGAGCAGCCAAGAGACUGUGGAAGGUUUGUGUGGAGCAUCACACGUUCUUCAGGUUGGUUUCUCCAGAGACUCCUCCUAAGAAGUUCCUCACACUGGGUUCUAAGUUCCGCUACAGCGGCAGAACUCAGGCUCAGACCAGACGAGCCAGUUCCCAGAUCGUCCGUCCAGCGCCGUACUUCGAGCGUUCGACCAGCAAGCGCUACACGAUGUCACGGAGUCUGGAUGGAGCUCAGCGGACGCCAGUCAACACGGCGACAGUCAAUGUAAAUGGCACUAGACCAACAGAGAUGGGUACGGCGUUUUAUGGCACAGCCAAAGGCAUCGCCAUGAGUGACCUCAUCACAACGAUAACCCCGGAGAAGAGAGUGGAGGAGACGCGUGAGGAGGAGCGUGAGAAGACUCGACCGGUGCUGGUGGAGAGUGUUGUGGUGCUGGAGGAGGAGGACGAGACAACGAAAGCCACGGAACCAUCACUGCCGAGUCCACUGACCCCGGCCCGUCAGGACACACGGACUGAUCUCACAGACACCGCUGUCGAUGGAGAAUUAACAGCCACUGAGUCGGAUCAGGAGGACGAAUCUGAAGCAAAGACGCUGCCCGGGUUCAUAAGGCAAAUUAAAGGAGAGAAUGUGUUUGUCAGACACAGUAAACUGAUGUUAGAGGAGAUGGAGGAAACGCCAGACGAGCUGCUGAAGCAUCAGACCAACAUCAGCGAGCUGAAGCGGACGUUCCUGGAGGGAGGACCGGACCGCACGACUCUGACCGAGUGGGAGAAGCGUCUGUCCUCGUCUCCGCUGAGAUCUCCACGUCUGGACGAAGCGCCCAUGAUCGAGCCGCUGGAGCCGGACGAGGUCAAACAGGAAGUGGCGGUGGAGACACAGGAAGUGGCGGUGGAGACACAGGAAGUGGCCGCAGCAGCAGCUCUGGAGGACAGGACGGUGGAUGUGGAGUCUGACGGGUGGGUCAUUAUAAACAAGGUUCCUCCGUUUGAACCAGAUACACGUCCUCCAGUCAGAGCUGAAACGGUUUCUCAUAAGAGACCAGAGAAGGUUUCCACCGAAGUAGAAGAAAAACAUAGACGUCCCUCAGCGGAGCCAGAAAAACCCACAUCUGAAGAGGUUCCUCCAACCAAAACCGCUUCGGAGACAUCCCAGAAGUCUCCAGCACGGGACGUUCCCUCAUCCAUCGUAUCCGAAGAGGUUCCUCUGAAGGUACCAGAAAAGGUUUCUCCCAUAAGAGAAGAGAGGUUUCCUCCAGGGGAACCAGAAAAACCAGAAGAGGUUUCUCCCAGGAAAACUCCUUCUAAGAUACCAGUGAAGGUUUCUACCACAGAACAGCCUUCUUCUAUCACAUCUGAAGAGGUUUCUCCAAAGAAGACUCCUCCGAAGGUGCCAGAAAAGGUCUCUACGGUAAUCAAAGGGAAGGUUGAACUCAUAAAGGUUCCUUCUGUUGGUUCUUCAGAGGAUGUUCCUCCUAAAGUGCCACCAAAAGUCCCUCCGAAGGUUCCAGAGAAGAAACACAUGGCCAGCUACAGAUUCACAUCCGAACCCAGAUCUCAGGAAGGUUUCUCCGCUGUGUCCGAGCAGUUCAUUAGAUCCUGUGAGUCCAGUGAUCUUCCUUCCAUCGAGGUGAUCCCGGGGGAGUAUCCCGGUCCCGGCGCUCUGGAGACGCUCAGAUCCCCCCCGACGGCUGGAGUGCCUAAGCCCAGUUUUGAUGAGAUGUCUCCUGAGCUCACGGCGCUCUUGCAGUCCACGCGCAGCUGGGCUCCGUCUGCGUCUGCCUCUGCGUCUCUCGCUCGGGUCACGCAGCCGCUGGCUUCACACAAGCCAUCAGAGAGUCCAGAGAGGCGUCCGGCUGAAGAAGAGGAUCAGGAGCCGCUGGACCAGCCUCAGUCGGGUGUGGUGAGUUCCUCCAGGACUCUGUCAGGAGACACAGACACACAGGACACGUCUGUGAUCCACACGGAGAUGAAGACCAUCACAUACGAGUCUCUGCAGGGGGAGACGGAUGGAGAUGCUGCUGGCAUUCUGUUGAGCGCUCAGACCAUCACAUCAGAAACCAGCAGCAGCAGCACCACCACACACAUCACCAAGAUGGUGAAGGGCGGCAUCUCAGAAACACGGAUUGAGAAGAGAAUCGUGAUCUCAGGAGAUGCAGAUAUCGAUCAUGACGAGGCUCUGGCUCAGGCCAUUAAAGAGGCUAAAGAACAACAUCCCGACAUGUCAGUGACCAAAGUGGUGGUGCAUAAAGAGACGGAGAUCACGCCGGAGGAGUGAUGCAGGAUUAACAUCAUCUUCGAGCUUUCUGGAGGAACUCAUGUGUUCACGCUGGGGAAAAUGAAGGAUGCUUCAGAGAAAUCUAGCACGGGAACAGCAGCAUAAAGGAAUGAAUCGCAGCAAACUUCAUCUGAACACGUCUGGAGUAACACACACACACACACGCUUACAGGUGCCGCACUGGAUCACUGUUACUGCAUGACAAGGGAACAAUUCUGCUUUUUUGUGAAAAGACUACAGUAUAUAGACAUUUUAGUAAAUACUAUAUGAGCGCAGUGUAUAGUCAAACCACGAUCUCGUCAUAAAGGCACUGAAGAAUAUGUGUGAGAAGAAAUAUAGCGGUUACAGAUAUCUGCAUUUAUUUAUCCUACUGAAUAAAAAAGGAAAACUUUGCACCGUAUUUAACCUCGCAGAGAUGUGCCAUCCACAUGUGUCGCCCUCCAUCGGCUCAUCUCUGAUCUGAAUAUUACACACGUUCAUCAUGAGAAUAUGAAUAUGCCACACAUGUAUGUUAGAAACAUGUUAUGUUGUUUUACUUGAGUUAUACACCUGUUUGUUUGUUUUUUGAAAACUGUUCCUUGUGAGUGUUGGGUUUAGAGGAAUGAAAGCUGUUGUAGUGAUGAGCUGAAAUAUCAAUCCCAGAGUGCCACAUCUGAGCCUUAAACUGAACAGACGAACCCAUGUGUGUUUAUGUCCUUGUUUGGUUUCCAAUGCAGUGUCGCUGCCCUGCUGACUGUUUCCCAAUCAAGCAACUCAAUAAAAUCUCAAUUCCAUUUCUGAUC